CAGAAACGGGCCGAAUUUGAAACGAUGUUUCGUAGAAGAAAUUAUGCUGGGUAGUGGUAAAUUAUAUGUGGACAGAGUGAAAACAAUUUGUGGUGUCUACGUGCUUCUUACAAUGAUUAAUCUUUUAGGACAAGGUUUUCCAAUAUUUUAUUUAAAUUAGCUAGCAUUAGUCGUAGUGACGUAUCGGGCUUCGAAUGUUUUCGUCACGUGCCGUCGGGAGGAUCGUGUGUACAAAUACAAGUGCGUGAAUGUUGUAGGGUGUUUGAAUUAUUUUCGUCAUUAUCCUUUCCUCAUGGCCUUGUAGGCCGGUUACUGCGACAGUUUCGCGAUGGCUCCCAGACCGCCCGGUCCUCCGCCGCCUCCUGGUCCUCCGCCGCCGCCGGGGCCGCCUCCGCCGCCUAGUUUCGGAGGUUCGUCGAAGGGAGGUUCGGGAGACAACAGGAAUGCCCUGCUUAGUUCUAUUAGGCAGGGGGCGAAGUUGAAAAAGACUGUUACAGUGGAUAAGAGUGGACCGUAUAUACCGGGGAAGGUGUCUAGUUCUGGUGGAAGUGCAUCUCCAGUUGGCAAUGGGGUAAAGAGUGGUGGUAUGCAGAAUGGUGGCAGCGCAGCGCCGCCGAUGUUGGGAGGGCUGUUUGCGGGUGGAAUGCCCAAGCUGAGGCCUACUGGUGGCAAAUUUGGUGGAACAACUCCAAACGGUCAGAUCAAAACCGAAGCGCCGCGGUUCCCCCCGCCCCAGCCCAAGACCUCGCCGGAACGCAAGCCUGGCAAUGUCAACGCGCUCUCAGCAGCGUUAUCGGAGGCUUUGGCCUCCAGGGACCAGCAGGCCUCGCAGGUGUCCCAGGCCCCGCCGAGGCCGGCGGUGAAGAGACAGCCGAGCGAGGCCAGGGCGCGGGGGCCGCCGCCGCAGCCGCCGGUGCCGAAACAGAUGCCUUUGAGUUCUUCAGACUCGGUGCUAAUUGGUGGCGUGGCGGAACGAGUCCAGAACAUGCAAGCGCCUGUCGCUUCCACGCUACACCGCAACAAGAGUGCGCUGCAUUCUGCGACCCCUGUUGCGCUAGGAGGUAGCAUGACGUCACUAACCUCAGCCCCCACCACACCGACCCCCUGCGCGUCCCUCUCGACGUCCGACCUGUCGGAGCGGCCUCGCAUCAGCCACGGCAAGCCGAACCUGGCGCCGCGGCCGCCGGCCAACCCGCCGGACCGGCCGAGCCCGCCGCCCAAGAAACUUAACAUUAAUGGCGGGAAGAUGGCCGGCAGGGCGCAGAGCAUGCGAGUGCCCAGGUCGCCGCCGGUGUCGCCACCGUCGCCGGUGGGGUCGCGACCGCCGCAGCUGCCGCCCGCCAACCCGCCCAUCGGGACCAAGAAUCCGGCUUCACAUUUCGGCACGAUGCGCGCGCCGCGCGGUCUACGACCCCCCGGCGUGUGCCCGCCGCCCCCGCCCGGCGCGCCGCCGCCGCCCCCGGGCGCGCCGCCGCCGCCGCCCGCGCGCAACGCCUCGCUAGCGCAGCCUCCGCCGCCGCCGCCUCAUUACAGGCAACACAGCGUGGUGCAGGACGAGUCGCCCGCGCCGGCGCCGCCGGUGCGCGGGUCGUCGGUGCGCGCGCCGGAGCUGGAGGCGCGCUUCGCCGACCUGUUCCACGCCCCGCACCGCUUCCCCCCGCCCGACCCCUUCCUGCGCAUCGUCAAGGGCUACUCCAGCGCCACCGCCGCUGCGCGCGCGCACCCGACGAGCAAGGCGCAGGCGCCGCCGCCGCCGCUGGCCGUGCCGCUGGCGGGCUGGGCGGGCACGUCCAGCGCCUGCUAGCGCGCAAGGGGGGCG